AUGCCUGUUACCUGUGCCAAGAAAGGUUGGCAGCUUUCAUCUACAUCAAAAGAUAUAAUUAUCCUCUGCUGGCUCUGCGAUACAAUUAAGCAUGCAAAGUGUGCAGGAUUUGUUGGAAGAGUUAGGGUUACAUUGACCUGCGACCUGGGCUCAAGUGGUCAUCUUCUGGCGUCCCCCCUGGUGUCGCGAUCCCCGUCACCGGUCAGCGAGGCGGACGAGGAGUCCGCCGGGGAGAUCUCGGACGUGGAGCUGCCGUCCGAGGAGGAGGACCCAGGCGCAGACGCGACGGAGAUCGCAGAGGUCGUCGCCAUCUCUUCCGACGAGAGUGGGCCGGAGGACGCGAGUGAGGAGGAGGAGGAGGGGACGGAGACCGUCAGUCCCGAGGUGUCGUCGGACGAGGACGACGUGGCGCGGCGAGCUGCGAGGGAUAGGAUGAUCUUCCGCCGGUUGAGCAGGGAGACGGCAGGGCUCGGGAGGAUCGGCCUAGGGCACAUACCACCGUCGGGCGAGCCCAAAGAGUGGGCUCGUAUAUUGGAGGCGCGGGCGGUCACUGUCCGCCAAUGGGAGGCCCGGCGGGGGCGAGGAGUGCAGCAGUCGCCGCGUGGCAGCACGCGGCCGCCGCCGGUAACGCAGCCGCCGCUACCGCCACCACGAUCGCCGACGCCACCACCACCGCCGCCACCACGAUCGCCGUCACCGCUGCCACACUCACCAACACCACCACCAUUGUCGCCGCCGAGGCAGCAGGAGUGGCACCUGCCACAAGCGCAGGUGGCGGCGCCCACCGCCGCUGAGCCCUCGCGAUCCGAGGGCCAGGUCGACGAAACGCGUCGCGGAGACGGCCGAUCGCGCGGGGCUGGGGGUGACGACCGUGGAGGAACGCGAGGCCCAGGAGGGGCUGGAGAAGGGGCCAUGGGAGUGGCCAACCCCGCCGGAGACGUCGCGGGACACGGCGCCACCCCCGAAGCUGGCGCGGCAGACUUCGUGCCCGGAGUCGCGAGCUCCACCGGCGAGGCCGACGCUGCGGAGACAGCAGUCGGAGGGCGCGGAGCCGUGGGCGGAGGUUCCGGAGGCGGAUUGGCCGGCGCGGGUGGCCGAAGAGGCGCAGCGACAGCGAGGGAGGCAGAGGAAGGCCAGGUGGGCCAAGCUCGUGCUGGAGGAGGGACAGCGCUACCGAGUCAAGGUAGCAGGGGGUCGGGUGCGGGUGUUUAA